GCACUUUGUUCACGCUCUCGUUCCGCUCGCUGACAAACGAGACAGAGCGCAUGGAAAAUAUUUUUGAUAAAUAACAAAAUGGCUGCAGUUAAAAAUAAAGAUAUAAUUGAAAAGGAAAUAAUCGAAAAUGGGGAAGAGGAGGAAGAGAUUGACGGAGUAGAGGAGACCGAAAACAAAGAUCCUGCUAAGAAGAAGAAAAAGAAAAAAAAGAAGAAGAAGACAGUUGAGAAUGAAGGUCUUGGUGAUAAUGAGCCUCAGGGCAAUGAGACCGGCAAAGUCCUGACAUUGACUGCUGAAGAAAUAGCUGCAGAUGGGGAAGAUAAGAAAAAGAAGAAGAAAAAAAAUAAAAGCAAGACUGGGAAAGGUCCUUCUAAGGAGCAAACUCAUCCACCAACUAUUCCUAUUGCUGAACUGUACCCUGAUGGUAAUUUCCCUGAGGGUCAAAUAAUGGAGCAUGGUCCCGCUGAAGGCAUUGAUGAUAGAACUGCAAAAGAUCGCUUCUCUAGUGAAGAGAAGCGAGCAUUGGAUAGAAUGCAUCAGGAUAUCUACCAUGAGAUCAGACAUGCAGCAGAAGCACAUAGACAGACACGUAAAUACAUCCGUGACUGGAUCAAGCCUGGCAUGACCAUGAUCCAGAUCUGUGAGGAGCUGGAAUCUACUGCAAGACGUCUGAUUGGAGAGGAUGGCUUGAAGGCAGGCUUAGCCUUUCCUACUGGUUGCAGUCGCAACCACUGUGCUGCUCAUUACACACCAAACACAGGCGACACGACAGUCCUGGAGUACGACGACGUGGUGAAGAUAGACUUCGGCACGCACAUAAACGGGCGCAUCAUAGACUGCGCGUUCACGCUGCACUUCAACCCGCGCUACGACCCGCUCGUGCGCGGCGUGCAGGAGGCCACGGAGGCCGGCAUCCGCGCCGCGGGCGUCGACGCCCGUCUCUGCGACGUCGGCGCUGCUGUGCAAGAGGUUAUGGAGUCACAUGAAGUAGAGUUGGAUGGUCAAGUUUAUCAAGUCAAACCAAUACGAAACUUGAAUGGGCAUUCUAUUGGACCAUAUAGGAUCCACGCCGGCAAAACCGUGCCCAUAGUGAAAGGUGGCGAAACGACUCGCAUGGAGGAGAAUGAGUUCUACGCGAUCGAGACCUUCGGCUCCACGGGCCGCGGCCAGGUGCACGACGACAUGGACUGUUCGCAUUACAUGAAGAACUUCGACCAGCAGUUUGUACCUCUCAGACUGCAAUCGUCAAAGCAGCUGCUGAACCUGAUCAACAAAAACUUCGGGACGCUGGCGUUCUGCAAGCGGUGGCUGGAGCGGGCGGGGGCCUCGAGGUACGCGAUGGCGCUGAAGGACCUGUGCGACAAGGGCGUGGUGGACGCCUACCCGCCGCUGUGCGACAUCAAGGGCUGCUACACGGCGCAGUUCGAGCACACCAUCCUCCUGCGCCCCACCUGCAAGGAGGUCCUCUCCCGCGGCCUAGACUACUAGCCUACACUACACUACACUAACUACACGCGCCAGGGCGGCCACACUUCACUCCAGUCUUGUACAUAUUGCCACGGAUUUUGUAACGUUGACAUGUGUUUGUGAUCGUUGAGUUAUCCCUCGAUUUGUGACACUGUUACUCGACGAGAAUCGGUGGUGAUCCAUUCUUAAGACGCUUGUGAAUUGAAAGGUCCUAAGUUCGAAACCUACUUGAGCCACGUGAGUUUAUACCGAUCUGACUGUAUCUGAUGUAUAGUAGUUUUCUUAUACACACACUAAAUGAUAAUAGUGACGGCACUAUUAUCAUUUAGUGUGUGAAAUGGAGAAAGCGAUGAUAAAUGUCAUUAGUGACAAUGUUAUUUAUUGAAAAAAUACUAAUUGCAAUGAAUAAAACUGUUACAUAUCGAGAUUUUUUCUCGCUAAGUGUUACAAAUUGAGGGGUGACUCAACGGGAACAUUUAUAGUGUGCGGACGGAGAGCAAAAAUAGUUAACAAUUUUGCAUUAGGAAUUCUCAUAUUAAAUCAGGUACUGAAGACGACUUCAAAAUCCGAGUCCAAAAUAUUGACGUAUAUGAUAUGAUAACGAGUGAAUCUUAUGAAUAGUAACAUGUAAGUAUGUAAUGUAACAUAACUUAUUGCAGUCUCGUUAAUAUUAACCGGGUUGUGCCUUGUGUGCAACGUUAACGGUGUAAUGUUUUCGCAGCUUCACACUUUAGAUCCUUAUUUAUUCUGUCUUCACACUCUUGUCCGCGAUAUAAUAUUCGUUAGUCACUUCUAAGUCCGAUAUAGUAAACUCUAUAUCAGGCUACUGUGUGAAAAGUCAUCAAUUGUAUUAUACGACGCAAUUUUCACAGUCGAGUAUUUACUUUUUAUUACCUAUGUAAUAUGUAGUCGUAACUUAAUUAAUUUUGAAUGUAAUGUAAAUGUAAUUGUUACUGUAUUUAACACUUUCGUUUUAAAUUGUCGUCAGCCAUGAUAAAAUCGUGGCCAUAAAAUAUUAUUUUGGUUUAGUAUUAAUAACUAACAAUAGGACUAUCAAUAGUUUUUGUGAGUUACUGUGAAAAUGUUUUUCAAUAAGUACACUUACUAAUGUCGUCUCUAACGUAAGCGUUUGAAAUGAAAACUGUGAUGACUUUUAAAAUUUAGACUUAUGAAUAUAUUCUGUUUUCAAGUGUUAAUAGACUGUUAUUUUCGGGCAAUAUUAUAUAAUAGACUAUUGUUUACUAAUUCGUUAGUAUAUUUGAUAUCGAGUACACAGUCCAAUAAAUAAAUGAAGUUUUUUCUUUG